CAGGAAAAAAGUGGCAGAGACAAAGGACCGAGCAGCCUUCAGGGGGGGAGAGGACACAGCAGAGUCAGCUUUUAGACCGGUUUCUGACGGUCCAGCUGUGACUCCACCGCCGGGAGACGAGCUGUGAAAGUGAGGCUUCAUGGUCAGCACUGUGGUGAUGGAAAGAACUGCAAAGCUAUAGGCUGCUGUGGAAAGAGCUGUCAGCGCACACAAACACAGAGGAUGGAGGAAGUGGAAACACGGAGAGAGUAAUGGCAGUUUGAUUGACAACACAGCUGUGGCAUUGUUGGAGGAGUAAUCUUUCAUUUGGGAGCAUCUGGAGUAUCUUUGUUUGCGAUUUUUUUCCUGGUAAUUCCAUCUCGAGUUCCUCCUUCUGCCCCCUCCUCCCUUUCGGCAACUUCAGAUCUAUUCUUUAGAGAGAGCAGGUGCUGCUGUGUUGAACGGCCACAGGUCUCUUUACCUUGCAACCCCCACCUCCCGCUAGACAGCACACAGCAACACACAAGCUCCUCUCUUCCAAGCUGGCUGAGAGGUUGCCAUGGCAAUGGUUGUCAUGAUGCCGAUGUAGCGUCCUGAAAGUAGUGGUGGUGGAGGUAGUGGUGGAGCUGGAGGAGGUGGUGGCUCCGGCGGUGGUGGUGGUGAACGUCCAGGGAUGGGAAGCGCUCCGUAUCCAGCCGGUGAGUGGAAGGGGAAGGGGCGAGGAGGCCUGCAGGAGCUGGGCUGUAUGCCCUGGAAGGUCAGCAAGCAGAAAGGUGGCGGCGGCGGAGGAGGAGGAGGAGGGGGGGAGGUAGUGGUGGGAGCCGAGGAGAGGAGGUGCAGGGAUCCCAGGGAUGCUCAGCAGCAGGAUCUCUCGUCGUCCUCCUCCUCCCUCACCCCCCCAGCUCCUCCCCAGCCUUCUCUGACACCUCCGGCCAUUUAUCAUGAGAAGCAGCGGAGGGAGCUGUGCGCCCUGCACGCGCUCAACAACGUCUUCCAGGAUGGGACAGCCUUCAGCCGGGACACCCUGCAGGAGAUCUACCAGAGACUUUCUCCCAGCACGAUGGUGACGCCUCACAAGAAGAGCAUGCUGGGAAAUGGGAACUAUGACGUAAAUGUCAUCAUGGCAGCCCUGCAGACCCGAGGGUUUGAGGCUGUUUGGUGGGAUAAAAGAAGGGAUGUCGGCAGCAUCGAGCUGUCCAACGUGGAGGGCUUCAUUCUGAACGUACCGUCCAAUCUGCGCUGGGGACCCCUCCGGCUGCCCCUCAAACGGCAGCACUGGAUAGGCGUCAGAGAGGUGGGAGGAUUCUACUACAACCUGGACUCAAAGCUGCGUAACCCUCAACCCAUUGGCAAUCCGGAUGAGCUCAGGAAGUUUCUCCGCCAGCAGCUGCGAGGGAAGAACUGUGAACUCCUAUUAGUCGUCUCAGAAGAAGUGGAGGCACACCAAACGUGGCGGUCUGACGGCUAACGGUUUAACCAGCCAAUCGCAGCUCCAACUGGGCCAAAAAAGGCCACUCACAGAAUAAACGGGAGAGGAAGUAGCGUUGUGCACAGCCAAUCGCAUCGAUGCACACUUGCAGAUGUGUUUUUUCCCCCCUUUUUUGGGUUUUGUUUACACGGCCAUUGCUGGACACUUAUCUGAUAAGAUACAAAGCAAUGAAGGAAGCAAACACUUUACAGGGAGAAUCAAAGAAUCACAGUCAUUUCUCACAACACAGUUAAGACUUACAAAAUGUUAUCCUGUUUCUGCUAUUGUUGUGUUUUUAUACAUAUUGAUACAUAUUUUUCAGUGUCAGUUUCAAUCUGUUGAAUUUCUUUCUUUUUUUUUUGUCUUUCCUUUUUUUUACUUUUCAAGUUUCCAAAGCCGUGAGAGUUCAGGCUUUCUGAAAAAUGCUGUUUAUCUGCCUGUCUCCUUCAGUGCUCCUCCCUGCUUCAGCCAUGAUGUUCACUGAUGUGUCUUCGUGUUUCCGUCUCUUCCUUCAUGUCGUGAAUCUCUUGUCUGCAUCCUUCACUUUCACCAAAGCGUGCCCUUCCUUGCCUCGGCGUGACUCCAUCUCAUCCCUCUUUGCUAUUCCUUUUUCAUAUCACAAGUCACAAUCGGUGAUUUAUCACGUUGCCAACUUUGUAUUUCAACACUUCCCAAACACUUUUGGCACAGGCUGAGCCUUUACUGUAGAGUCUGUGCCGACACAACGGUUUUAUAUGGCAACAAAGCAAUGCAACACCCGGGCCAAGCACUCCCUCUAGUGGAUGUUUGUCUCAGUUUCCUUCCAAGGAAACGUAACAUCAUCAUUCAUCCAGUUGUUUUGAGUUGUUCACAUUUGAAUGGUUACUGUAAAGUGAUGAAGUUUACUUAUCAUCAAGGAAGUAUUGCAAUACUAACAAUUAUUGCCCUUUAGCAGAAUUAUUCUGUAACAGGAUGUCAUCAAGGUGUGGUGAGAACUGCUGUCUAAAUUAUUGAUAAAAUCAUAUGCAGCUAAUCUGGAGACCUUGGCCAUACUUUGUAUGUAUAUGCUCAGUUCCCAUAUAACAUUUCAUCUUUUAGCUUAGAAAAAGUAUUCAGCUAAACAGCCACGACUCAAGGUCUUCUUGCUUGCUUGCUCUGGAGCUUUUGACCAUAUCGCACCAUCUUCAUCAGCAGAUGGAGUUCACUCAGCUGCACACAACUGCAGGAGUUCUACUAAGUACAGGGGGAGGCACUAAUGUUCGAACAUUCCAGCAGAGCGGGAAUGAUUAGUUUGAUCAGUGAACUUGCAGAUAAUUAAAGCUGGAGUAGGCAGUGUUUUCCACACCAACCAGUCGCUGUGUUGUAAUUCAAGUGGUCUGAGAAAGAACUUCUAAACCAAAAGUAGCUUCUUAAACCAAAAAUAUCUGAAUACUUACCUAUGAAUUGAGGCUAGUUUUGCUGGUCUGAUCAAAUUUCUUGCGAUUUUGGACUGUUGAUCUGGCAAAACAAAAUGUUUUUGUGUUUUCAGUUAAUAUGUAUUUGACAAGACAGUGAAGAAAGACAGGAAACUGGGAUGGAGGUUAAAGGAGAAGCAUACAGACAAUGGUUUAGUUGGCCUAGAAUUAUGCUGGGGACUCGCUGCUCAGGACCUUUGUGCCCAGAUGGCAUGUGUUUUAACUUCUUGGGUACUGGGUUAAAGCAAGUGAUUUAAAUAUAAAGUACAAAGUAGUGCAAAUUGUGAUGGAUGCUUUCCCCAAUUUUGUCAAACUGUAUUGAUUUGGAAACAACUGGCCAAUAUCUCUUUUUGAGCAAAAAGAACUGAAAAGAACUUUUCAGCAUGCAACGCAAAGUUUAUCUCAAAUAACUGGUGUUGUGGUGUUUGAAUGGAAUUCCUUGUGAAACCAAGCAGUCGUGUCUGCUUUUUUUCCCUUUUGAUUGAUUUCUGCUUACUUCAGCUUUAAUUGAUAACAAUUACUGGUAGAUAGGCACAGCCUUACUUUUAAGUACAUGUGGUUAUAUGGCAACUGAGCAAACCGUAUCUUCUAAUGGUGACUGUGUAAUAUGGUCAAAAGCUCCAGAACAAGCAAGCAAGCGGACUUUGAGUUUCAACAACAGAUUUUGUCACUAAAAUCUUGUCAAUAUGAAGAAAUGAUUUUAUUUUUCUAUUUCACACACUUCUACCUAAUUACAGCCACAAUCAUUUCUUACACAGUUUCAAAUGACGCAUCACAGACAGAUGACAAAACAAUUACACACUAAAGGGCCUGACAUUUACUUGUUGUAGUUUUUUUGUUUUUUUUUUCUUUUUAUUGUUGUUUUGGCUCCAACACUCAUCCAAAGGGUCACCACCACAGCAGCCCUCUGUAGCACUGGAGCUCAGGCCUUCUCCUCAUCCUCUUCUCAAAUGUCUUCUGUCAAACCUGCCAAGCAGCUCUGAGAGGAUGUCACUGAUUGUCCCAACAAGUCUGUACGGUCAGCAGUGGUAGUUGUGUCAAGUUGUAGUGUGAGGAGGAUUUUGGUGGUUGGGUGGGUGAAGAAAAGUUUGAAAGUCUGUAGAAGGAGGCGAGAUGGAGAACAGUCUGGGCAGUAACUAAUCCAGACGAAGAAAACAUGAUAUGGAAAGAGAAAGUUGAUAAGCUGGCUAGUGAUGAAACAUCCAGCCAGGCGUGUGUUGUGUUUAAGUAUUGUGAAAUGAGCCUUAUGAGAGAUUUCGCUGUUGUAGCUUUCAGAUUUAUCAGCUUAAAUGUUUAUACUAUAUACUGUAUGUAUUGUCUGUUAAUGACAAUAUUGGCCUUAACUUGUUUACAUAAAAAUAUAUGUGUUGCUCUGAAAGAUUAAGAGGGGCUGUGCAGUUUGACGCCAUUUCAGGAGAUUAAUUCCAAAGCAGCAGUUUGUCAUAAAAUUAGAGGAGAAACCUGCUGAUGCUCAUCCAAUAUAGGGAGCAACUAAUCUGUAAUGAUGUUUUCACUUUUGCCGCCAAGGACUUUAUGUUAUUUACAAAAGUUUGAAAUAGUAUGACUUUUAUAAAGAAAAGAUCACACGAUUUCAGUGGUGCAUGUCUUAUUUUGAAUCUUCUACUCCAGCCCAGUCUGUAAACCUUUAACGUCACAUUAUAUCCAACCUGCAUUGGAACAUCUGAGAAAUUGUCGUUAAUUUGCUGAGUUGUCAAAUCAAUCACAUCAUGACGAGUGUCGCACAUUUGCAUUUCUUUCUUUCUUUUUUUUUUGCCAUGACAAUCCAUUCAGCCCUUCCUACUUGAGGAAUCCUGAUUGUCACUGUAUUUUUUUUUUUUUUUUUUGCAUAAAAAUAAAAUGCUUAUAAUGGCACUUUAUGUAUAA